AUGAAGGAUAACAGCCUGAUCGCAAAGGUAGAUCGGUCACAUACAAUGUCGACGAGACGUCGUGCCGCCGACAAAUGCCGUUGUUGUCCAUACGGUUUCCACAUUGAUGUCGACUUCGUUGCCUAUGCUGAAGACGUGCGUAAAGGAGGCACAAUUCGCACCUCAUCGCUUCCUCGUAAGAAUGGCGAAAGAUCCUUGAUGAGUCCGUUGGACAGCAUUUUUAGCGAUUCCUUGGAAAAUAUUCUGAGUGACUUCGACGACGCACUUGGAGUCAGCGAUGGGCUGAAGGCGAAUCAAACGCUACCUCGUCAACAAAGAAGCCGAUUGCUGCCUCGAGACGUGGACAAACUGAUGAACGCCAAACGAAUUCAAGAUGGCUACGCUUCCGACCACACUGGUUACUACACAGACGCUCCACCAAAGCCGUUACACCAACCAUCACAGGCUAGUCAGUCUCCAGCUUAUACAGCACUUGGCCGCACAAUAACCGAAAUCAAAGCUAGGAACACUGAGUCGCCGUUUCCUGAACGUGACGUUGUCUCCCGAAUAGGUUCACGGGUGGGAACGCCCAUCGAUCUGGGCUUGCCAAACCACAAUGUCAGCACCUCGUUAUCGCGACCGCGAACGCCUCGUCGUUUGGAAUCGGAUAGAGAACGAUUUCGUGCGGAACCGACGAUUUUGGAGCAUCCUUACCAGCAUGCAUUGAAUGGAAAGUCCUAUAAGUGGCGCCUACAGCCGUCACUAGACGACCGGCCAGCAUCGGGACCGCGAACAAAUAAUGGCUGUAUGGGCGAUUUUGCGAGUUUACGACGUGGCAGAGAAUAUGCCGUGUCAGAUAGUGACACAUCAAACCGAGUACGAUACUAUUCGGCUUCGCCGAAAAUGCCAAGAAAGCUGCAGGCAGUUCCUCCACUUCCUUCUCCAUCACAAUUCACCUACACGCACCACAAUGGAAGCACUAGGCUAGCAAAAACGCAGGGUACUUCGAUGUCGCCACCACCGGACACAGAAAAGACGUUAGCAUCUAAGGAAACGGUUUCGAUCGGUGUUUGCACGGCCCCACCACCACCAGCAAAACCUUGCGCUGAAUGCACGCCACUGAGGAAGGAGCUGCAAGAAGUGCUGAAAAGACUGGAUAUAGCAGAAGUCAAGCCUGAGUUAUUCUGUACUGGUACGUUGACGGAUGAAGUUCCUACUCCAGAGGCGUUACCCAGGGUAUCCAUACAGUGCCACAGCAUUGGUACGAGCACAGACCACUGCAGCACGGUCGAAUGCGGCGUAGAUGCGAUCGGCGCGAAACUGGAGAACACAGAGUGUCAGACCAGCUCUGCAUCAACAACGGAAGUGGGUGUAGCUACUGAGGCAAGUGUUGCUGAUAUUGGCAUGCAGAUUGAUGACCAGCUUAUUCAAAAAACUAAUUUUGGAGUAAAUACUGAUCCAGUUGAAGAACCGCCAUCCAUCAAGAUGAUCAAUCAGUCGACUGCCAUGGAUGACUCUUUCGUGCCAGCUGUUAAUCAACAGGUUGCUAACGCCGUGGAUGAGUUAUCCCCAAAACGCCUAAUGACUGACCAAGAAACUAUGACGGUUAAAAAGUAUUAUCGGAACAUUCCCAGCCAGACGAUUAUCGCAGAGGAGGCGAUGGAGCAGAAAGGUACUAGCGCCAAAAUCUCUGCAGCAGCCACGUCGAGUGACGCUGAAUGUCAGACGGAAACAGAUUCCACUGUGGAUUCGACCGCUUCUGAUGACGUCAUUGGUGAUACGGUGGUCGAAUGCUCAAGAUGCAGAAUGCGAGAAGAGGCAUUCACUAGGAACGUUGGUGUGGGCGCGUGCUCAGUCUCGGAUAAGGUCGAGAAAGAUGAUAGUCGUUCAAAAGAGUUUGAUCGAGCUCGGGUCGAAGCCGUGAAAAAACUGCUAACGUCCGAGCAGAAGCAGCCAUUUGUGCGUGGAACGGCAGUCUCACGCAGUGCUCGGAUGGAAAGAGUCACGGGCGAUGAUCUCGAAUACAUCACUACAAAGAACAGGGCAUUCUCUGAAAGUCCACAAACACCGACGUCCACACCAUCUCGCGAAAAUAAAGAUGCUCUGAAAACCAAAGUUGUUCUCAAGAAGGAAAUUCCAUCACCGCCGUCGAUUGUUCCCGAUCCGGUGCCAGCUAGGAUACCACGGCCGAAAGUUAGUAAGUACGUAGCACCGGCUGAAAAUGCAGAGACACCUGACGAAGAAGAAGAGGCUGUCGACCGGUUAACACCGCUGAGAAAUGGCCACGGUCGAACGCACAACAGCCCUACUCACCUUACAAAGAUGGGAGGUACGUAUUUGACAUCCGUUUACUUGAUGAUCCAUUUAUCUAUUGAAUUAACGAUGCUUCUUUUCAGUGACUCCGAUGAAGAUUCGGACGAUUCCGAAGGAAGCUAUGACACGCAUGAAGAUGGAGAUUGGGCUUUGAAGUACGUGCAACAUGAGUGGCUGAAGUGCACAGCUCGCAAAGGCAGUAAACCAGAAGACGUCGACCUUCUUAUAAAACAGAUCAGAGAGCUCUCACCAGCUCUUUUGAAGGUCAUCGUCAACAUUACAGAUCAGAACGGUAACACAGCGCUUCACUAUGCCGUAUCGCAUGGUAACUUCGGUGUCGUAUCGUCUUUAUUGGAUUCAGCCGAAUGCAAGUUGAAUUUGGCGAAUCGAGCGGGCUAUUCUGCAGUGAUGCUGGCGGCACUGAGCUCGUUAGAAAACGAUGUGGAGAAGGCAGUUGUUCAGAGGCUCUUCGAACUGGGUGAUGUCAAUGCACGUGCGCAGCAACAUGGACAAACAGCAUUGAUGCUGUCAGUGUCUCACGGGAAAAAAGCUACUACAGAAUUGCUGCUAGCCUGUGGUGCCGACGUGAAUCUUCAGGAUGAAGAAGGUUCUACAGCUCUCAUGUGUGCUGCAGAACAUGGUCAUAAGGACAUUGUCAAGCUGCUCCUUGGACAACCGGGAAUUGAUGCCGCUUUGACAGACUGUGAUAGCUCCACUGCGCUCUCCAUAGCUGUUGAAAACGGCCACAGAGACAUCGGCGUGCUCAUCUACGCUCACCUCAACUAUAGUCGAGUGGAUACGAUUCAGGAAUCUUGUUAA